AUGACAGAUAAAUCCAGCGCCUAUGGAACCAAAGCUGCAGAUACAGAUUUUAGGAAGAAAUGGGACAAGGAGGAAUACGCGGAGCGAGCGAGGAAGAAGGACGAGGAGGAGAGGGAAAGGAUGAAGGAGAACGAGGAGCGUAUGAAAAAGGGAAAGGCUCCACGUAAAGCACGAAAGGAGGAUUUACCUAAACCAACGGAACUCAUGAAACGUCGGGAGGGCUCGCUCGAGCUGGAAAAGAAUCUCAACAAAACAAUGGUCGUCCAGAAUCCCGGAGGUCGUGGUCCUGGGCAGCCCGGCUUUUAUUGCGAGAUGUGCAAUCGCACGUACAAGGAUACCUCCGCCUAUUUAGACCACAUUAACGGAAGAGCUCACUUGAGAAAGUUGGGACAGACAACUCGCAUAGAGCGCUCGACGUUGGCGCAAGUCCGCGCACGGAUUGCCUAUCUUCGUGAAAAGACAAAGGAAGCUUCCAACACGAAGGCAUUUGACUUCGACAAACGAUUAGCAGAAGUGAAGGCCAAAGAAGCUGCCAGACGCAUGGAACAAAAGGCUCAGAAGAAGGUCCAAAAGGAGCAGGCUCGCAUCGCACUCGUCGCGGAGGCGGAGGUGGACGAUGAAAUGACAAGACUUAUGGGCUUUGGGGGGUUCGGGUCUUCCAAGAAGUGA